UCGUAAUCGGGAUCCUGUUGCUCUCAAAUCGUUCCGGACCAGCCCUGGAAACACCUGCUACUGCUCCGAAGCAGGACAGCCAGCCGGAUUGCUUUAGGCUAGCCCCUUGAAGUUGCUUGCCUGAGACUUUGCAUCCUUCAAGUAACUCGAAACUCUUUGAUUCCGGUUGAGAUUCUUGGGACAUUCGAUCAAUCGAAGGAGAAACAUGGACAACGGGGGAGGGAGCGAACAGCGGCUCUUGCCUCGAUUGUGCUGCCCGGAAAAGGGGCCGAACGGUUACGGCUUCCAUCUACACGGGGAGAAGGGCAAAACGGGCCAGUUCAUCCGGCUGGUGGAGCCCGAUUCCCCGGCCGAAAAAUCCGGUCUGAAGGCUGGGGACCGCUUGAUAGAAGUGAACGGAGACAACGUAGAGAAGGAAAGUCACCAGCAAGUAGUGAACCGCAUCCGAAAUUCGGCCGGGUCGGUGCGCUUGCUGGUAGUAGACUCGGAGACCGACCAGCAUCUGCAGAAGCUGGGCCUCGAGUGCCGCGAAGAAUUCAUUCGUGGGCUGCCGGAGAAAGACGAGGCGAGGCGCGGCGAGCAGGAAGCUGCCCAGCAGGAGCAGGAGAACGAAAUGAAAGCGGACGGAGAGGAAAACAACCACGUUGCCCAGCGGAAAGAGUUGAGACCUCGUCUCUGCCAGAUGAAGAAGGGCCCCAACGGCUACGGGUUCAACCUCCACAGUGAUAAGGCAAAGCCAGGCCAAUAUGUCCGGGCUGUGGAUCCAGAUUCUCCAGCUGAAGCUUCGGGGCUGCGGCCUCAAGAUCGUAUCAUUGAGGUGAAUGGGCAAUGCAUGGAUGGCAAGCAACACUCAGAUGUUGUUUCAGCCAUAAAGUCUGGUGGAGAUGAGACCAGUCUGCUAGUGGUGGAUAGUUUAACAGAUGAAUUCUUCAAGAAGUGCAGAGUCAUCCCCUCUGAAGCACAUCUGAAAGGUCUUUUACCAGAACCAGUGGCCAAUGGUGAUGUGGAAAAGGGGAACAUUAGAGAUGAACAAUCAGAGAUUAAUCCCGAAAGCCCUUCUAGCCCUAUGACCGUGUCUCCUUCUUCAACUCUAAGUGAACCUUCCAUUGAGCUGUAUUCUCACGAGAAGGAGGAGAAGCUCAGCACCACAUCCAAUCCCAUUCUUGACUGGGACAUUCCCCUGGCAGUAGCCAAAGAGCGUGCCCAUCAGAAACGUACCAGCAAACGGGCACCACAAAUGGACUGGAGCAAGAAAAACGAACUCUUUAGCAACCUGUGAAGCAACCCAACUCCCAAGCGGGGAGGUGAUGUAAGGGCACUAUUGGAGAAUCUGGCCUCCCCUUAGGCCUCCCCUUCCCCUUCCCCUAAGCAUUCCUGCCCCCUAGAUACAUUUCUUUGCCCUUCUUCUCUUCCCUUCCCUUUGCUUGGAAGUGUAGAUCUUGUCUUGCCCUCUGGCUACCAGAAAGGGCAAACAUAGGGCCUGAUUAUUCUGCCGCACUAUUUUGGAGACGCAGUUGUUAUUUAAAGAGGAUGAGGAGACAUUUUCGCACACCCUCUAUAUAAAUAGCUUGAGCUAGCUUGUGGAUGUGAAUCCAGAAUGAAUUUGGUGUCUGUGUUGGAUCUGUAGUAGAAGAUACAUCCAUGCAUCUAUAUAUAUAUAAAGAGAAGGUAUGCACAGGACAAGGAUGUCAUAUGUCAGGUGCCACGCUGCAAAAGGGGGACAGUGUGAUGCAUAGCUGUACUGUAGGUCCAUUAACUCUUAGAAUAGCUGAAGUUAAACAUCUAAAACCAUUAAUCCCUGUAGAUCUCAACUGGCUCUCUUCAGAGAAAUUAUGUUGGAUGCUGAUUGAACUAUUCCAGACUAUGUCAUAUCGGGACUAUAGUCUAAGCUUGCAUAGAGUACUUUAAUUCCUAAUUUGAUUACAAACGAACAUCCUUUUGUGAGGCAGUGCUCUGUCCUCUUUUCAAGGAACUGCUCUGCUGCGACUGGAGAGAAACAUUUCUGAUGCUCUAUCGUCUUCUCUCUCUCUCUCUCUUUUUUUUUUUUGGUAAAGACACUCCUGGAUUGCCACUGCAAGAAAGGGCUUAGUAGGCAAGACCUAAUACUUCUUGUUUUGUGCUUUGGAGCCUUCAAAGAGUGGGAAGAGGAAUAACUGAAAGCUAUCAUAGCCUGUGAGAUUUGCUUUCUUUUGGCUAGGGGAUGUGGUAAGGAGUCGUACCUAAUGCAGCGGUUGAAAGCACACAAGGAUAAUAACCUGCACUCAAUUUACUCCAGAAAUGGAGCCAAUCAGGGUUUUCAAUAAUCAUGAUUAAUUAACAACUUACUGAUAUAGUGUUUCAUUUCUGGAAUUGUUUUCUAAUUAUGGCUCAUUUCCCUGUAUCUGUGUAUAGUAUAAAAAUCAUUCCUCUUCCAUAAAGUUUUGUUUUGUUUUUGUUUUCCUUGAUUAAUGUUUGAUGUCAAGUGUAAGAGAAUCUGUUUAUUGGAACAAAA